UGCUGCAUACUCCGCCCCCGCUGAUCAGCUGUGUCUCCCAGCAGGAGGGAGACAGCUGAUCCCGCGGCAGGGAGGAGAGGGGAAGAACUGAGCUCCAGCAAGCUGGGCUCCUGCAGGCAGGCUUUGCUAGCUUCCCUUAGUGUGUUGCAUAAACCCUGCCCCCUCCCUGCCUCACCGAUUAGCUGUCUCUCAGGAGGAGGGAGACAGACAGCUAAUCGGUGAGGCAGUGAGGGUAGGGGGAAAGAACUGAGCUCCAGCAAGCUGAGCUCCUGGGGAGGAGGAGAGGCUGGGGCCUUGGGGAAGAAGGGGGUUGGUUGGAGUAUGCCCCUAUAGGGGGCAGGAGCACCCACCCACCAGCCAACUGUUUAUGGGGCUCGUGGGGGCCCAAGAGCCAUCAGCUGUUCGGCAGGGGCGGGGGCAGUAGGGUAGCUAGCUAGGGAAGUGCGAGUGCUCACUGUUUAGCUGGAUUUUGGCCACCAGCCAAUCAGUGAGGCGAACUGCUCCUGGACCAAGGGGCUGAGCAGCUGAGAGACCCCCACCUCCUUCUCCUACCUGCUUCUUGUGUCACUGUGGCAGGUGUGCUUUCUCUGGCUCUGCAGCAGCAACUCCUAUCCUCUCACCCAACUAAAGGCAGCCUGUAGCAGCAGCUGUGGAUGGCCUUGACGUCUUUUGUGCCUCGUCAAGCCCUUCGCUUUCCACAAAGCGUUGCAGAACCACCUUCUUGGCCGUUGGAUCAUAGUGAUCUCUUUCGCCCAGUCCGCCGGAGCUGAUGUUGCAUGCGGAUAACCCCAUCACCCCCAGAGACUGGAUUUCCGAGUAAGGCUUUAACAAGUGUGUGUGGAUGAAUAUUGAUUGAAAGGAGGUUUCAGUAUGAAUUGUUAUGCUUGGCUAUCUCUUCUGCUAACACUUGGUCAUCUAUGGCCUUGCCUUCCAAGUAUGCAGAACCAUAACACCCACAAAAUGAACCAACCUUUUGCAACACUUCAGAGAGUGAAACGUGGCUGGGUAUGGAGCCAGUUUUUUGUGUUGGAAGAACAGAUUUUAACAGAGCCUUUGAGUGUUGGCCAGCUGAAGUCUGAUUCCGACAAACAUGAUGGCACUUUCAAAUACAUUUUGACGGGGGAUGGAGCGGGAAGCAUUUUUACUAUCGAUGAGUAUACAGGUACAAUUCAUGUGACACAGAAGCUUGAUCGAGAAGAGAAACCUUUCUACACUCUAAGAGCACAGGCAAUUAACAGGAAUACCCAGCUGCCCGUUGAACCUGAGUCAGAAUUUAUCAUCAAAGUUCAGGAUAUCAAUGAUCAGGAACCAAAGUUCUUGGAUGGACCUUAUGAAGCUACUGUUCCAGAGAUGUCUCCCGAAGCAGAGCCAACACAGAACCAGAGGGUUUGGACUGGAACUGCCCAAAUGGGUAGCACUACCAAUCACAGCUUCAAGUAUUCAUUUUUUAAUAAAAUGGGUACUUCGGUGAUACAGGUUACAGCUACAGAUGGAGAUGAUCCUGCUUAUGGCAAUAGUGCCCGACUGCUCUAUAGUAUUUUGCAAGGACAGCCCUACUUCUCUGUGGAGCCAAAGACAGGGGUCAUUAGAAUUUCUUCCCAAAUGGACAGAGAAACUAAGGAGCAAUACUUUGUCAUUAUCCAAGCCAAAGAUAUGGUUGGGCAAAUGGGUGGAUUUUCAGGAACAACAACUGUAACCAUCAACCUCUCUGACAUCAAUGACAACAAACCCAUAUUUCAACAAAAGUUCUACUACAUGAAUAUCUCUGAGGCAGCACCAGUGGGCUCUACCAUAGGCAAAAUCAUGGCAGAGGACAGUGACAUAGGGGAGAAUGCAGCCAUGGAUUAUGUCAUCGAAGGAGAGGAAUCACUUGUUUUUGACAUCAUUACUAACAAUGAGACCCAAGAAGGAAUUGUUAAAUUAAAAGAGAGAGUGGAUUUUGAGAGCAAAAGGAGAUAUAGUGUUAGAGUAAAAGCUAUCAACAGGCAAAUGGAUGACCAUUUUAUGAAAGAAGGGCCCUUUGAAGACACAACCAUUAUCAAGAUCAGUGUGGAAGAUGCUGAUGAGCCUCCAGUUUUCACCUCACAAAACUAUGUGAUGGAAAUCGCUGAAGGGGCCACAAAUGGCUCCUUUGUUGGUGCUAUAACUGCCAGAGAUCCAGACAAUGCCAACAGUCCCAUCAGGUAUUCUAUUGUCCACAGCACGUAUUUAAAGAGAUUGUUCAGCAUCAAUGCACACAAUGGAACAAUCAUUAUAACUAAGCUUCUGGACCGAGAGACAGCUGCUUGGCACAACAUAACUGUUACAGCCACAGAAAUGAGAAAUCCAGAACAAGUUUCUGAAGUAACUGUGUAUGUUCAAGUUCUUGAUGUUAAUGACCAUGCUCCAGAAUUCCCAAAACACUAUGAGAUUUAUGUGUGUGAAAAUGCAAGAUCUGGACAGCUAAUCCAGACCAUCAGUGCAGUGGAUAAAGAUGAUUCAGUAGAAGGCCAUCAUUUUUACUUCACUCUGGCUCGGGAGGCCACAAACAACUCAAAUUUUACUGUCAGAGAUAAUCAAGAUAACACGGCUGGAAUUUUUACAGCAAAAAAUGGCUUCAGUCGACAAGAGCAGUUUUCUUUCUUCCUGCCAGUCCUAAUUGUGGACAAUGGAACCCCCUCACUUACCAGCACAAACACCCUAACUGUCAGCGUCUGUGAUUGUGAUACUGAAGCUAGUACCCAGUCUUGUCGAUUUGGAGCUUUCAUGUUUUCCAUGGGUCUCAGCAUAGAAGCAUUAGUUGCAGUUUUGGCCUGCAUACUAGUAAUAUUAGUGUUUUUUUUGGCAAUGCUGGUUUUAAGGCAGCGGAGGAAGCAGUCUCUAUUUCCUGACAAGCCUGAAGAGUUCAGAGAGAACAUUGUCAGGUAUGAUGAUGAAGGAGGGGGAGAGGAGGACACAGAGGCUUUUGAUAUUUCAACACUCAGGACUCGUACUGUCAUGAGAGAGCACAAAUCUAGAAGAAACAUCACAACUGAAAUCCAAAGCCUUUACAGACAAUCUCUGCAAGUUGGUCCUGACAGUGCUGUGUUCAGGGAAUUCAUUUUAGAAAAGCUUAACGAAGCUAAUGCAGAUCCUACUGCUCCGCCAUAUGAUUCCCUUCAGACAUAUGCAUUUGAGGGGACUGGCUCAUUGGCUGGAUCCCUCAGCUCUUUAGGAUCAAGCAUGUCAUAUGUGGGUGAGAAUUAUGAUUACCUUACUGAGCGGGGGCUGGACUUUAAACAACUAGCAUGCAUGUAUGACCCCAAUAAGAGUACAAGGGAUUAGCAACCAGUAUGGGGCCACAUUUUCAAAAGUACUCGGCAGCCAAAAUCAAGUCUGUAUUUGAAAAUGAGACCAAUUUAAGCAUCAAAAUAAGUGGCCGGAUUUCAAGAACAGCAGUUCAAAAGGAUGGUGGAUGCUGAGAACCUUUCGAAAAUCUGCCUGUGAGUGUCACUCUGAGAAGUGCUGAAUGCUCAGCCCUUUUGAAAGUCAGCUCUUAUUCAGGUGCCUGAAUACAAGCUGCGCUCCUUUGAAAAUCUAGUUCCAAUGGUGGGUGCUUAAAACAGGUCCCACAAGCACAGGAUAAAACAAAACAAAAUAACUAUGGUUCCUGGAAAUAUUUGACCUAGCUUAGGCUUUACAACUAUUUCCAAAGUUAAGGCUGACUUGGUUGGGUUUUGUUUUUGUUUUGUUUUUUCACAUUAAUUAACCAAAGUUAAAGCUUGCAUAUUUGUAUUAUGUUUCAUAAUAUAAAUACUAUUGUGUAAAAAUGUAGACACCAGACAUAUUUUUAAAGGAUUGUCAAAAACACUUACAAAGUCUUCUAUUUAUUUUUUUUUAGGAUAAAACUAAAGCAAAUGCAGUUUUUAGCCAUGUAGAAAUAAAGGCCUGUUACAGUCAACAUUUAUUCACUAUUACAUUUGAAUUUUUAUUAAACUGUUGGGAAGUGUGUCAAAUUCCUAAUUAAUUUAUCAGUUAAUGCAUUAAAAAAUUAUAAAGGACAAAAAGUAUUAGG